UGCGAUUGAGCUGAAAAAAUAAAUGACUUUAAACUUUCAUAUUGCUGCUCAAAACAGCAUUAAACAGCUUCUCCGCAAGAAAACAAGAUCGGCCUUCGCGCAACAUGCGAAUCGGGGUUGUUGGAAAAACACCCCUGGCGACUUUCCGUCUGAAUAAAGCGCUGUGGAUCAGUAUCCCCGGGUCAUAUGGCCUAGACUAGCCUCCAUCGUCUGCUUGCUCACUGGCGAUAGUGUUGUUGUUCGGAGCAAUAACGCUGACCGUAACUGCGCCGAAUAUUUCCAGCAUCCUUGUACUGACCGCAGUAAUAACGCGUCGUAACGGUGUUGUGCCGCGAGUUGUCUGUCCGCCCCUGACGCGUCUUUGCGCCGCUAAAGUGUGUAGUCAGGUAGGAGUUAGAUCGAGACCGUUACUGCACACACACACACACAAAACAAAGUUACAGGAAAGUGCAAUGGUAUAUUGGUUUCGCGAAGGGUCAGCAAAUUCCGUGUGCAACUCUACCUGCACCGUUUCUGUAAAACGGAGAAAGAAAAACAGCCUAGGGGUGUGGGGUUCUUCCCAUGCUCUGGAGUGAUACAGUAGUUAUUCGGGCUGUGAUCAAGUGUCUCCGGCAAGACCGUGCCUCGCUGCCGGGAGGUGUGGGGGUCGAGCCUGUGCUGCCCUGCCCGGCUCCGUGUUGACAGCCCUGGCCGCGGCAUCGCCGCUCAGCUGCCCGGCUGGGCUCUUGACGGUCCGUGAAGGACUGUCAUACGGGGGCUGUGCGCAAUAUUUCGAUUUCAGAAUUUCCUCCCCAGCGGGGAGGGAGGGACACCGGAGCUUUAUAAUCAAUCAGUUCACCGAGAAGGCAAACGGAAAAAUCUGCUUAAACUGUCUGACGCAGAGUGGCAGUAGGCUAUUCUGCAAUUGCCACAUUUUUGAAGAAAAAUAGUUAAUCGUUUCUCAGAAAGGGAGUUCUUUUUCAUGAUGGAUGAGUAGUUUUGUGAUUUCUACGAGCUGCCACAGGCACGGGAGUCUGCUCUGGGGCUCUCCAGUGUCUGUAAAAUCCCCCCAAGAAGAAAAUCAAGUGUCAGGCUGGAGCAGAAAAUAGGAAAAAAGUACCAGAAAAGAGAAGGAAUAGUGUGCUGGAUUCGUCUUUUUAAUUUAAAUGACAUUUUCCCAUUUUACACUGAAGGAAAACACUCUGAGUCCACCAAGGUUUUUUGUUUUACAAGCUUCCCUUAAAAAAAAAAAAACAGCAAGAAACGCAGUUGCUCGGCCACGACAGUAGGGACUCGGAAGAUGACCGAGAGAGGAUGAUGCCCGCUGGGACUGGGGGCAGGAUUGUGACAUGAUGGGCUGUGGGACGAGCAAGGUACUUCCUGAGCCGCCCAAAGACGUCCAGCUCGACCUGGUCAAGAAGGUGGAGUCCUUCGUGGGCCAGAAAACGGACAAGUACGAGCACUUCAUUAAGGACCGUGGCAGCGGGGGCAAAGCUGGGGAGAAGGUGGGCUCCCCUUCCCCUACUCAGGCUGUGCCCCACCCUUGCAGCCCGGCAGGGGGGGUCCCCCAUGGCCACCAGGACCCCAGUGACCCCCGGAGGAACAAGGUGGCGAAAUACCGGGCCAAGUUCGACCCGCGGGUGACGGCCAAGUACGACAUCAAGGCCCUGAUCGGGCGGGGCAGCUUCAGCAGGGUGGUGCGGGUGGAGCACAGGAGCACCAAGCAGCCCUACGCCAUCAAGAUGAUCGAGACCAAGUACCGGGAGGGGCGGGAGGUGUGCGAGUCGGAGCUCAACGUGCUGCGCCGGGUGAGGCACACCAACAUCAUCCAGCUGAUCGAGGUCUUCGAGACGCAGGAGCGGGUCUACAUGGUGAUGGAGCUGGCCACCGGCGGCGAGCUCUUCGACCGCAUCAUCGCCAAGGGCUCCUUCACCGAGAGGGACGCCACGCGGGUGCUGCAGAUGGUCCUGGACGGGGUGAAGUACCUGCACACCCUGGGGAUCACCCACCGCGACCUGAAGCCCGAGAACCUCCUGUACUACCACCCCGGCACCGACUCCAAAAUCAUGAUCACGGACUUCGGCCUGGCCAGCACCCGCAAGAAGGGGGACGAGUGCCUCAUGAAGACCACCUGCGGCACUCCCGAGUACAUCGCCCCCGAGAUCCUGGUGCGCAAGCCGUACUCGAACGCUGUGGACAUGUGGGCGCUGGGGGUGAUCUCCUACAUCCUCCUUAGCGGCACCAUGCCUUUCGAAGACGAAAACAGGACGCGGUUGUACCGGCAGAUACUGAAGGGAAAAUACAGCUACUCAGGGGAGCCCUGGCCGAGCGUGUCCAACCUGGCCAAGGACUUCAUCGACCGCGUGCUGACCGUGGACCCCGGCGAGCGCAUGACGGCGGGCCAGGCCCUGAAGCACCCCUGGAUCGUCAGCAUGGCCGCCUCCUCCUCCAUGAAGAACCUGCACCGCUCCAUCUCCCAGAACCUCCUCAAGAGGGCAUCCUCGCGCUGCCAGAGCACCAAGUCCGCCCAGUCCACGCGCUCCAGCCGCUCCACCAGGUCCAACAAGUCGCGCCGGGUCCGGGAGCGGGAGCUGCGCGAGCUGAACCUGCGGUACCAGCAGCAGUACAACGGCUGAGGCCCGGCCACAGCCCCGCUGCUGCCCUGACACGGCAAGGAACCCAGCGCAACGCCCUCUUCUCUCCUCCCCUUCCCACUCUUUUCUACCCUCUAAUAUUUAUUUAUUGAGAUUUUCUCUAAAGUCUUUUGGCUUCCGGAACCUGAAGGAUCUGUUGAACAGAAUUCCACUCAAAAGCCUUGCCACGGAUUUGCGUCCGUUUGCGUCGUUCCGCGAAUCGCACGCAGAUUCCCCGCGGCCUUACUCCGAAUCCCCAGGAUGAAAGAAUCUCGGUCAUUCACCUGUAGCUGCAUGCAGAACUGUUGAGGAUAAAUAAAAUAUGCACAGGAAAAACAAAAGAGCAACUGGAAUGUAUUAAAACAAUGUUAUGCCGAAAUGUCAGUGUGUUUGUAACGGGAACAAAAAAAACGAAGGUUUAACAAAUUCAAAAACAAGAUUUCAGGAUCAGCAGUAUGUAGUCCAAUCUUUGUUCUAAACAUUUAAAUUCCCGUACCUUAAUUGUUAUUUAAUUACAAAGAGCAAAAAAACAAUUGGAUAUUCCGAUUGAGAGCUGAAUCAGCUAUACAAUUACAGGUAAUCCACCUCAAAACUGCGACAAAAGCUUUGUCUUCAGUAACAUGCUUAGUAUAGGUGUGUACCAAUAGAUCCUUUAAGUUAGCAGGAUUUAAGUAAAAAUUGUAGAGCUCUUGUCUUUUGCACACUGUGCAACACUCUCUUGAUCUUAAUCUUCAGGGCUAAUGAUAUUUUUAAGUGCUAGAACAAGAGUGUGAUGUUUUUAAUAGAAUAACCAAUAUCAUUAGAAAUAUUCUGUCUGUAAUAAGUCCUCUCCUGUUACUGGAUUGUAAUCACACGUUUGAUGCUAUUUGGAUAAUUGAGGUCACUUUUUAUACCUACACAAAGUUUGAGAUGUGUUAAAGCUGUGCAAAAAAUAGUGUGCCAUCCAAAAAUAAACAUUUGUUUUUUUUUGGAUUAGUUGGGUAUCUCCAAUAUGAACUAUAAUCAGUUUUUUAUUGUGCACAUUUUUUCAACUUUUUAAAAUGAAAUUAACUUGGACUAAAGACCUUGUCACUGUCCUGCAAGUGUAAAAACAGGGUUUGCAGUGUAUUAAAUGCCACUCAGCACCUUCCAUUCCUUAUAGUCCAGUGGUUCCCAGUCCUGGUAGGACCUCUGUCUGCUGUUUUUUCAUUCCAUCUGAGCUGUACAGUAGAUCAUCACUGCUAAUUGAUUCUUUUAAUUGAUCUGCUUGGUUAUGCAGGGUUCCUGUUCUUCAGGUCUCCUGAAGUUUCUUACCCUUUUUAUUUCUGUCUGUUUUGCGGAGACUGGUACAGUAUCGAUUAUAAAUCCCAUUCAAGGUUUUAAGUCCUGAAAAUACGUAUUUAAAAAUUAGACCCAAACAUAACAUUGGAAAUCUACUAACCAGUGAUUAAGAACUUUGCUAGAGCAAAGCUGAGCAAGCAGAAGUCCCCCAAGACCAGGGUUGGAAACCUCUUCUAUAUAAUAUAGUUACCCUGUGGACAAAGUGACACUCAAGGUCAAACAGCAAGACUUUGACUGUGAUGACAUGUUUCAUAUUGUCUCUGCCUUUUCUGUUUUUCAACAUUGACAAAAGCAACUGUGGCAAAACCCCUGUUUUUUUUUAGGUAUUUUACAUGAAGCUGUUGGAAACUAAGUCUCUGUAAUAGGUGGAUAUUUAUUGUUGGCUAUUGCAUGCUGAGCCAUUUGGCUGCAUAAGAUUCACAUUCUUGUGAAUGCUACAAAGACCCUGUUGUCUUGUAUUUGAAAUCAAAAAACUUCAGAUGGUCAGGUGAGAUUAAACAGAACUGAAGUAGCAAUUUCUUUGUAGAAGCCAAAUACCAUCAGCUAUUGAAAUGUGACGUUGCCUUUUUUUGUGGUUCUUCACUGGCAAAAGCUUUCUAUUGAAUUACAGUUCUGACUACUGUAAAAGUACCAUUCAUCUUGCCCAGAAUAAAUGCUGAAUGUGGUGCAUGGCCUGUCAUACACUUUACAAAUUCAACCAAAUACUUCCUAUAAAGUGCAGAGUUCUGCCUUCACAUUGGUUCCUUAUGUUAUCUCAAAGGAAAAAGAAAAUAAGGCAAAUCAGAAAAUGGAUGCCUAAGUCUGAUAGUAUUUUCUUUUAAUUAUUUUAUAUGCCAGUAUUAUCUUUUCUUGGUUGAAAAUGUAUAGCAUUGCGACUUUGGAGAAUUAUUUAUUUUAAACAAUAUUUGAGAUCCUUUAGUAAUUUUCUCUUUUCAUCUUGCAUAAUAGCUGCUCAUUAAAUGUAGAAAUUCCAGUUUGGAUUCUUAUUUAACUAGUUUUUGCGGUAACUUUUGAUAAUGCUACUAGACAAAAAGAGAAAUCAGAACUGCUGUGUUAAUGGGCAUUCCUGUGAAGUUCAAUUGUGCCAAAAAAUCCAGUUAGGAUGUGUCCAUUUCAUUACCACUAUGCUUCAUUCUUAAAUAUUGCAUUGUAGAUUAUCCAAGCAUUGGGAUAAUUGUUAAUUUAGGUAGCAAAAUAGACUUUAAAGAUGUGUUCUAAAUAGGCGUUAGGUAUGAUCAUCAGUCCUUGUUGAAUUGCAAAACCUUCCCUUAGCCCAGGUAUUCCAACUUCUCCAUCAUGACUUCAAAGAGUUUUUAGUUGGGUUUGGAGAAAUAAGCUACAAAUUAUGUUUGUCUACAUCAGAACUAGCACUCUUGGAAAGGCAGGGAAGGCCCAUUCUAUUGAAGCUGAUUAAAAUGACAGUGUUUGCAAUGUCAUUGUAUGAAAGGUGGGGAAAAAAACACUUUUGUCCAUUUACACUUUUGUACAUUUGUCCUUGAUGCAGCAGGUAUGAGGAACUAAAGAAAAGUGAAUUAAUUCCAGUUAAGAUCUCCAGUGUCAUUAUUUUGAAAUCAGUUUUAAAGAAUGCACCAAAACACAUCAGUGUGUUGUUUAUUUGGAAAAUGUGUUUUUGGCGCUAGAAUAAAGUCCCCUAAGCAUCUGCUGGAUUUUAUUCUUCGGUAGGUUGAUUUUCAUGUACAAGAUUUUACCAGAAGAUGGGAAUAAACUGCAAUACUGUUGCGGAGGAGUGACUGUUGUUUUAAAACUUUCAAGGACAUUUUAUUCCUUUUCUCUUUGUAACUGUUUAAUAUUAUUUUUUUACUGGAUUCCCUGUACACUACUCAAUUUUUAUUUUUUUGUGAGGAGGUGUUUUUUAUACUCUUGAUUAUAGUAUUAAAAUGUCUUCGUUCUGUUUGAGAUGUGAAUUUUGAGAUACUGGAAUUGCUGAAUAGCAAAUUUUGAUCCAUUGUAGUCCAUGCUGUUGUCAGUCUCAGUGACUAAAAUAUUAAUUGUAAUACCAGUGUUUUGUUUUGGCAAGGAGAGUUUUGUACCUGCAGGAGGUCUGCAGUCAUUUUUGACCCUAGCACUUUUAAGAGGACCUGUGGAUAAAAGAGAAUGUCUGGGUCAUUUUCUAAAUGUUCUUUGUAUUUUCUUUUAACGUGUGAUAGAUAUUUGGAUGUCACUUGGCCUUUUCCCCUCAUUUGUUAUGAUCAAAAUAGUUCAGAUUAUGUAGACAACAUAGGACAAUAAUCAUUUUAUAAUUUACCUUCUUAAUUACAACUCAUCAUAAACUACUUGAAUACUGUGUAAUCAAAGUAGUUGCCAGCCACUACCCACAAUAUUAAAGGUCAUCAAAGUUCUAUUACACAUGGUCAAAAGAUGAUUUAAUUGACGCCAAUUGAGCUACAGUCAGUUAAAAUAAUUGUAUGUGAUGAUGACUCAUCAGGACUGUCGGAUCAGUAGAUAUGAUUCCAAAAUAUUUAAAAUCAUUUACGUUUUAGGAAUAAGUAAAUUCAUUUUUUAUAUUUACUGCUCUUAUUGUUUUGACAUCUCAUAUAUGGUUUAUAUAAAAAAUCAUGCUCAAGUUGUGUUUGGAAAAUAUACCCAUUAUUGUACAAAACAAAAACAGCACUGUCUUAAAAGUUUUUUAAAGUAUGUUUGUAUCUGAUGUAUUUUUAAGUGUUUUCAGUGUUUAUAAUGGAGGCUAAUAAUGAAUAGAUUUUAUUUACUUUUUUAAUGAAGAACUGGUUCACUUAGUUCUGUGUAUAAUGUGCCUACAAAAUAAA